AUGGCGGCACUCAGGGCUCAAAAAGAAAAGAGAAUUACACCAAUAAUUGUGUAUCCAACACAAAAGACGACGUCAGCUGCUCUUGGCUCCAAGAUGACUCUCUCAUGCAAAGUGUUUGUUGGACAGAGCAGCCAUGCCCAUACUGAUGUGGAAUGGCUAGCAAAUGACACCACUCUUGACAUGGUUUACAAGCAAAGCAGGGUUACAGAGGGAGAACGGCAAGAAAUUGUAGAAAAUGGUGAAAACUUCAUCGAACUGCCACUGAUUUUUAAUUCUAUUGAAGAAGUGGAUUUUUACACAGAUUUUACAUGUCUCGCUCAGAACAUAUACGGCUACCAAGUACUGCCAACAAGGGUCAAGCAGGAAGCUGUUGGCUUGUCCUGGUACAUCGCAAUGAUUCCUGUCGCAUUGGCCUGCAUGAUUGGGGGAGGCACAUGGAUACACAAGUGCUGGAAACAAAGAGUUGGUAAAGGCUAUACAAUAGCAAAGGCUUAA